ACAAGGGGGAGAGAAGUGAACAUUUUUGAAAGAUCACUCAGCUCUAACACACCUUGGCUGGGUCUGGAUAAAAAAAAAAAGUGGGAACGGCAAACAGUCUAGAAGAAAACGUCAGGGGAGGAAAGAAGGCGCAUUUACUCAAAGUUGUUUCCGAUUCCUUCAGCAUCUCAAACUAGGUGGCGAUGAUAUGGAUGUAACCAAGAAGAACAAAAGAGAUGGCACUGAAGUCACUGAACGAAUCAUCACAGAAACAGUAACUACAAGACUUACAUCCUUACCACCAAAAGGGGGGACCAGCAAUGGCUAUGCUAAAACAGGAUCUCUGGGUGGAGGGAGCCGGCUGGAGAAACAGAGCCUGACGCAUGGCAGCAGCGGCUACAUAAACUCAAGUGGGAGCAUGCGAGGCAGUGCCUCCACCUCCAGUUAUAGAAGGGCCCAUUCACCUGCCUCCACUCUGCCCAACUCACCAGGCUCGACUUUCGAGAGGAAGACUCAUGUCACCCGCCAUGGAACAUAUGAAGGGAGUUCCAGCGGCAACUCUUCCCCCGAGUACCCUCGGAAGGAAUUUGCAUCUUCUUCUACCAGAGGACGGAGCCAAACACGAGAGAGCGAGAUCCGAGUUCGACUGCAGAGUGCGUCCCCAUCUACCCGCUGGACAGAAUUGGAUGACGUCAAGCGUUUGCUCAAAGGGAGCCGCUCUGCAAGCGUGAGCCCCACCCGGAAUUCCUCUAACACACUCCCCAUCCCCAAGAAAGGCACCGUGGAGACCAAGGUGGUGACAGCGAGCUCCCAGUCAGUGUCUGGCACCUAUGAUACAACCAUCCUGGAUGCCAACCUUCCCUCCCAUGUGUGGUCCUCCACCUUGCCAGCGGGGUCCUCCAUGGGCACCUAUCACAACAACAUCACAACGCAGAGCUCAUCCCUGCUCAACACCAAUGCCUAUUCUGCAGGAUCAGUCUUUGGAGUUCCAAAUAACAUGGCCUCCUGCUCCCCAACUCUGCAGCCCGGAAUCAGCACCAGCUCCUCAGUGUUCGGCAUGCAGAACAAUCUGGCCCCCAGCUCAUCCACCCUGUCCCAUGGCAUGGCCACCACUUCCACAGCAUAUGGUGUGAAGAAAAACAUGCCCCAGAGUCCCACUGUUGUGAGCACUGGGGUGUCCACUUCUGCAGCCAGCACCACAAAUGUCCAGAACGAUGACCUCUUGCACAAGGACUGUAAAUUCCUGAUCCUGGAGAAGGACAACACACCCUCCAAGAAGGAGAUGGAGCUGCUGAUCAUGACCAAAGACAGUGGGAAGGUCUUUACAGCCUCCCCAGCCAGCGUCACUGCAACUUCUUUUUCAGAGGACACCCUAAAAAAGGAAAAACAAGCUGCGUACACCGACACCUACUUAGUGUCAGAAGCUAACGGAGAUGUGAAGACUGUGUCUGCAAAGGGCAAGGGCGCCUCUGCAGACAUCCACGGCUACGACCACCGCCAUGGUGGUGGAGGCGGUGGCGGCAGCGGCGGUGCCCUUGGCAGUGGGGCCGCUGGUGGAGGGGGCAAGGGCUCGUGGGGGGCGGCGCCUGCCUGGUGCCCCUGCGGCUCCUGGUGCAGCUGGUGGAAGUGGCUGCUGGGCCUGCUGCUCACCUGGCUACUGCUCCUGGGGCUGCUCUUCGGCCUCAUCGCUCUGGCCGAGGAGGUGAGGAAGCUGAAAGCACGUGUGGACGAGCUGGAGAAAAUGAGGGGCCGCUUGUCUUACAACGAGAAGAUGGAGAGGAGCAGCCAGGAUGCUGUCCAGGGGGUUGCGCCCAGGCUGGGGGAAGGUCUAGGAAAAUCUGGGCUUGAUGGCUACAAUCAGGAGGACAUCUGGCAAUUCGUGAGGGCCAGGCUGAUGACAGAACAGGAAAACGGAAAUCUCCGAGGAAGCCCUGGGCCUAAAGGUGACAUGGGAGUUCAAGGCCCUAAAGGAGACCGAGGGUUCCCUGGAACUCCAGGUAUCCCUGGGCCCUUGGGCCACCAAGGUCCAGAGGGACCAAAGGGACAGAAAGGCAACAUGGGUGAGCCUGGCAUGGAGGGACCCAUGGGCCAGAGAGGGCGAGAAGGCCCCAUGGGACCUCGCGGUGAACCAGGGCCCCCUGGGUUUGGAGAGAAAGGAGACAGAGGGGAUGCCGGUAAACCAGGUGUUCAGGGCCCACCUGGUGUCCCAGGCUCUGUCGGUCCCAAAGGUUCCAGUGGUUCUCCUGGCCUGCAGGGUCCCCCAGGCUCUAUAGGUCCCCAAGGACUCCGAGGUGAAGUGGGACUCCCUGGUAUCAAAGGUGACAAAGGACCUAUGGGACCACCGGGACCCAAAGGUGACCAGGGUGAGAAAGGACCCCGAGGCCUCACAGGCGAGCCCGGCUUGAAAGGUUUACCUGGUGCCGUGGGUGAGCCCGGGGCUAAAGGAGCGAUGGGACCCGCUGGCCCCGACGGACAUCAAGGCCCAAGAGGGGAACAAGGUCUUCCAGGAAUGCCGGGAACCCGGGGAUUACCAGGACCUUCUGGGGACCCAGGGAAGCCAGGUCUCACUGGACCCCAAGGACCUCAGGGAGUUCCUGGUACCCCUGGCCGACCAGGAGUUAAAGGUGAACCAGGAGCUCCAGGCAAGAUCAUGACUUCAGAGGGAUCAUCGACCAUCACUGUCCCAGGUCCCCCAGGACCUCCUGGAGCCAUGGGACCUCCAGGACCUCCAGGAGCCCCAGGCCCUGUUGGUCCAGCUGGUCUCCCAGGACAGCAAGGCCCGCGAGGGGAGCCGGGCCUGGCUGGCGAAUCAUUCAUGGGCAGCAGCAGCUCCAUCUCUGAGGUCCUGGCCACCCAGGGUGUUGAUUUACGAGGUCCCCCAGGCCCCCCUGGACCACCUGGGCCACCAGGGGAAGGCUUGCCAGGCCCACCAGGCCCUCCAGGAUCUCUCCUGACCAGCUCAGAGACCUUCUUCUCUGGCCCUCCAGGCCCACCUGGCCCCCCAGGCCCCAAGGGAGAUCAAGGCCCCCCAGGCCCCCGAGGACACCAAGGCGAGCGAGGCCUCCCAGGGCUCUCAGGCUCAGGCUCCAGUUCUCUUGGACUCAACCUGCAGGGACCACCAGGCCCACCUGGCCCUCAGGGACCCAAGGGUGACAAAGGUGAUCCUGGAGUCCCAGGGGCUCCUGGCAUUCCUAGUGGGCCCUCUCGAGGGGGAUCGUCGUCAAGCACCAUGUUCAUGCAGGGUCCGCCAGGCCCACCAGGGCCCCCUGGGCCCCCAGGCUCCCUCAGCAGCUCUGGCCUGGAGAUUCAGCAGUACAUCUCUGACUACAUGCAGAGUGACAGUAUCAGGUCUUAUCUGUCUGGAGUUCAGGGUCCCCCAGGCCCGCCUGGUCCCCCCGGGCCUGUCACCACCAUCACUGGUGAGACUUUCGACUACUCAGAGCUGGCCAGCCUCGUCGUGAGCUACUUACAGACUUCCGGGUACAGCAUCAGCACAUCCUCCACCUCCAUCUCUUCUGAAGACAUCCUGGCUGCGCUCCGGCGGGAUGACGUGCGUCAGUAUCUACGGCAGUACCUGAUGCCUCAAGGAGCCGGUGGAGAUUGGUUCCUCCAGUCUCUGGAUUAUGCAGAGCUGAGCAACCGCAUCCUCAGCUACAUGGCUAGCACUGGAGUCAGCAUCGGGCUUCCUGGCCCCCCGGGGCCCCCAGGCUUGCCGGGCACAUCCUAUGAGGAGCUCCUCUCUUUGCUCCAAGGGUCUGAAUUCAGAGGUAUCAUUGGGCCCCCAGGUCCUCCUGGGCCCCCAGGGCUCCCAGGCAGUUCAUGGUCCAGCAUCAGCAUGGAGAGCCUCUCAUCCUACCUGCAGUCUGCCGGCUUGUCAUCCAUCCCAGGCCCUCCUGGUCCCCCAGGUCCCCCAGGCCCUAGAGGGCCCCCAGGCAUCUCAGGUGCUCUGGCGACAUAUGCAGCUGAAAACAGUGACAGCUUCCGGAGUGAGCUGAUCAGCUAUCUCACAAGUCCUGAUGUGCGCAGCUUCAUCGUUGGCCCCCCGGGUCCCCCUGGGCCCCAGGGCCCCCCCGGGGACAGCCGCCUGGUGUCCACGGACAGCUCCUACAGCCGGAGUGGCAGCUCCUCCUCUUUCAGUCGGGACACCUCCUACAGCUCCUCCAUGGGCAUAGGAGGAGCCAGUGGAGGCUCCCUGGGUGAAGGGGGAGCCUUUGGCAUGGACAUGGGCCGAGGCUACGGGGCCGCGGCCGAGGGUGGCAUGUAUGGCGGCGAUGGCAGAUUUGGGGCUGGCUUUGUCGGAGGUCUGGAUUACAACGAGCUGGCAGUUCGGGUGUCAGAGAGCUUGCAGCGUCAGGGUCUGCUCCAAGGGAUGGCCUACACGGUGCAGGGCCCCCCAGGCCGGCCUGGGCCCCAGGGGCCCCCUGGCAUCAGCAAGAUCUUCUCCGCCUACAGCAAUGUGACUGAGGACCUCAUGGACUUUUUCCGAACUUAUGGAGCCAUCCCAGGACCCCCUGGGCAGAAGGGAGAGAUGGGCAUCCCUGGACCCAAAGGUGAGAGGGGCCCUGCUGGGCCACCAGGUCGGUCUGGGCCACCCGGCCCUCGAGGGCACAAGGGAGAAAAAGGAGACAAAGGUGACCAAGUCUACACUGGGCGGAGGAGGAGGAGCAUUGCCGUCAAGCCAUAAGCAACCCAUGGUGGAACAGCCCCCUGGACCAGUUCUUGCAGUGGCUUAUGGCACUUAUGUCAAGACCUCUCCGGAGGGUAAAAGCUGGAGUCUUACUGUCUUACUGACACAGCAAAUAGUCAACUAGAACCCUUAUCUUAGUCUGGGACAAUGUGUAUGUCUGCAGAAUUCAGUCCAAGAUACAGUCUGAGACAGCUUCACGGGGUGGACUCAGGAGUGGCCACGUGCGGUGUUGUAGGAUGAGGCCGGUCUCCCUGCUAUCCAGGCCCGAGCGCCUUGGCUUCUUUUAACACCAGCCUAGGAAAGCCAGAUACAUAAAAGCUGUUUCAGGAGCUCUUGAGCUUUUCUUUACAAACAAGCCCAGAAACUGGAAGAUGGGAUUGGGGUACCACUCGAGGGGGCUGUUUUGGCUAACGCUACAGGGCUGUGCUCCCAGCUACUCCCUCUCCUCUUUACCCUGCAUUCUCUAGUCCUAACAAACAGAAACAGCUGGUUGAGAAGUAACUCUCGCAACUGAAAAAAUUAAGAAAUCUACUUCCCUUGAAGGUGGUGACAGGGUUUCUACUAGUUAUUUCUCACUGUGCAUCACGUUUCCACUUACUUAGGAAGUUUGUUUGAGUGCAGCUAUGCAGUCCCGUAGGUCCACACUAGAGCUGAUAUAGUAUGUUACACUGAACUAGGUUGUGGCAGACAGGAAGAGAAGGGCAAGGGGCAAAGAGGAAAGAAGGGGAGGGGAGGGAGAGCAGACUGCCUGA